CGUCUAAAUGAUCCCGUCUCUUGAAAUCACUCAAAUUCCGAUAUGCCUUGAAGUUGAGUCAGGAGUUUUAUGGAAUCAGCGGACCAUACAUAGGAGGAGAUUUUUCUAUAACAAGAAGGCAAAAGAACUCAAUUCAGAGGAAAUGAAUGAAGAGCUGUGGGACAGGAGUAACCAACUUGCCUUGUUUGAUAAUCUUCUUUGGUGCAAGGACUUGGAGAAACACUCUUAUGGUGAUUUGUCUUUUGCUGUGGUUCAAGCCAAUGAAGUUAUAGAGGACCAUAGCCAGGUUGAGAUUGGAAGAGAUGCCACCUUUUUUGGAGUAUAUGAUGGUCAUGGUGGACCUGAGGCCUCUAGAUUCAUUUGUGACCAUUUGUUUCUUCAUGUGAUGAGGCUUGCCCGAGAAAAUGGUGCCAUCUCUGAGGAUAUUCUUAGAAGCGCUUUUUCUGCAACCGAGGAUGGUUUUCUUACUCUUGUGCGUAGGACAUGUGGAAUAAAACCGCUAAUUGCAGCAAUAGGGUCCUGUUGCCUAGUUGGAAUUAUUUGGAGGGGAACAUUAUAUGUUGCUAAUGUGGGUGAUUCUCGAGCUGUAAUUGGUUCUUUAGGUAGGUCAAAUAAGAUAGUUGUUGAGCAAUUAACAAGGGAUCAUAAUGCAAGUAUGGAGGAGGUCAGACAAGAACUCAAGUCAUUGCAUCCAGAUGACUCGCAUAUUGUAGUUAUGAAGCAUGGAGUAUGGCGUAUCAAAGGCAUAAUUCAGGUAUCUAGAUCCAUUGGUGAUGCAUACUUGAAGCAGCCAGAGUUUUCUCUUGACCCUUCGUUUCCACGAUUCCACCUCCCUGAGCCAAUCCGCCGACCUGUGCUGACAGCAGAACCAUCCGUUUGCUCACGUGUUUUACAGCGUAAUGACAAGUUUCUCAUUUUUGCAUCUGAUGGGCUGUGGGAGCACUUGACAAACCAGGAAGCAGCUGAGAUCGUUCAUAAUAAUCCACGAUAUGGAGCUGCCAGAAGACUUCUUGAAACAGCUUUAAAUGUAGCUGCUAGGAAAAGGGAUAUGAGCUACGAUGAUUUGAAGAAAAUCGAAAAGGGAGUUAGACGAUUUUUCCAUGAUGAUAUUACAGUGGUUGUCAUCUUCAUAGACCAUGAUUUGCCAGAGAAGAUGAUCAUGUUACCUGAGCUUUCAAUGCGAGGGUUCAUCGACGCUGUUGGACCUUCAAAAUUCAGCAUCCUCCAAGGGCUCGACACAAAUGCCAGGUCCUAUGUCUGAAACAACGCAACCAAUUCACUUGAAAUGCUCAUUUUGGUCAUGGAUAAGGACGUUUCAGUAUCUAUCCAAUAUUUUUGCAACAUUUUAUUGUCGUUUCUUUCGAUCUUUUCAUAUCCUGAUUCAAUGUCCAGUUAAGUUUUUAUUUUGUGUGUAAACUGAAAGACUACUAGGAAAAAGUAACCAAAGGUUUUGUAUUUUUUAAAAGAAAUUGGAAAGUUUAUAUGAUAUUUUAUCAAUGUAUUUUAAUCAUAA